CGGCAUGCUGGUCCUGCCACUCCUCCUCCCUCCUACAAGGACGAGCUCUGGUGGGACCGCACCGCGCUCAGCAUGUUUCGGGGAGCCAUGGUGAAGAACCUCGGGCAAGACGUCAUGGAGCAAGGGUAUGAUGGUGUGAUGCGACUAGCGCUCAUGCUAAAUCAGAGGUAUGAACCUCUGGAGACCCGCGCGAGGACGCGAUCGAUCUUGCGAUCUCUUUUCCCUGUCUUCAUCAUCAAGCUCUUUCCUCUCAUGUUCGCCCGGCCGUUCCCAGCAUUCUCAGCCAAGCUCAACGCCUACAUCACGUCGGUGACCUGCUCCUGGCUCAUGGGCCCGAUGAAGCUCUUUGAUCUCAAGGCUGAGGAGAUGGAGGACGACUGGGGGGAUGAUGCAGGAAAGAGUCAGGGGAUUCUUGUCGAGAGAUGUCGUUUCUUAGAGGAAUCGGGAUGUGCGAGUGUUUGUAUCAACACGUGCAAAGUGCCUACGCAAGAAUUCUUCAUCAAAGAUAUGGGCAUUCCGUUGUCAAUGGAGCCCAACUAUGACACGUUUGAAUGCGAGUUCAAGUUUGGGAAGAGACCUUUGCAGCAAGAUACGGAUGAGAUCUUUACCACUCCCUGCUUCCAACAGUGUCCCAGCAAA